AUGGAAACACUCACGAAAGAAAAAGGUGUUAAUUCAUUUAAAGUAUUUAUGGCUUAUAAUGGUGUGUUUAUGUUACAUGAUAGUGAAAUAUAUCAAGUAUUUACAAAAUGUCGAGAAUUAGGAGGAAUAGCCAUGGUACAUGCUGAAAAUGGCGAGAUAAUCACAGAAUUAGAGAAAGAAGUAGCCAAACUUGGAAUUACGGGACCAGAAGGUCAUUUGUUGAGUAGACCAGAAGAACUUGAAGCCGAAGCCACCAAUAGAGCAAUUACUAUUGCCGAACAGUCACGAUGCCCAUUGUAUGUUGUUCAUGUAAUGAGUAAAUCAGCUGCCGUUAAAGUUUGUGAAGCAAGAAGAAGAGGUCUUGUGGUUUUUGGAGAACCAAUAGCGGCUAGUCUUGGUGCCGAUGGUUCUCAUUAUUUUAAUAAAUGUUGGAGGCAUGCAGCUGCACAUGUAAUGUCACCACCAUUGAGACCAGAUACAACAACAACAUCUUACUUAAUGGAUCUUCUAGCAAAUGGUUCAUUAUCGGCAACUGGUACCGAUCAUUGUACAUUCAAUGCAAAUCAAAAAGCAUUAGGGAAAGACGAUUUUCGUAAAAUUCCUAAUGGUGUUAAUGGUGUUGAAGAUCGUCUAUCUGUUAUCUGGACGAAAGGAGUUAAUACAGGAAAAUUAGAUGAAAAUCAAUUUGUGGCUGUUACAAGUUCAAAUGCUGCGAAAAUAUUUAAUAUUUAUCCUAAAAAGGGUCAUAUUGGUAUUGGAUCCGAUGGUGAUAUCAUUUUGUGGGAUUCUCAAGCAAUAAAAACAAUUUCCGCUACAACUCAUCAUCAAGCAUGCGAUUUUAAUAUAUUUGAAGGUUUACAAUGUCAAGGAUUGCCUGUAGUGACAAUUGUUAACGGAAAAAUUGCUUUUGAAAAUGGACAGCUCAAUGUAACACAAGGUACAGGAAAAUAUCUGGAAACACAACCACAUGGCGAAUAUGUUUAUCAAAAACUGAAAAAACGCGACGAAUUAAGAGAAGAGUUAAUAAAACAACAGAAAAUUGAACGUGAACCAUAUACAGGCGAAGUGUUUAAUGUCUCGACUACGAGCAAUGGUAAUGAUUCUAAAACAAGUCCAAAACAGUCGACUGAACAACCAGCUGGAAUAGGAUUUCAUAAUCGUCCACCAACAAAAGCUGGUAGCAGAAAUUUAUUUGAUUCAAGUUUUUCACUCUCAGGAGAUCAGUGGGAUGAUAAUCAACCACGUACACAAACACGCGUCAGACAACCACCAGGUGGACAAACCAAAGGUUUAUGGUAA